AUGACAAAGAGUUCUACCAACACAAAUAUCACAACCACUACUGCUGCUUCAACAAAAAAUGAUAAAAAAGUCAAAAAAGGUGGUGUAAAGUCAAAGAAGAAUGUCGAGGAGAAACAACCUGUUGCUCUUACUACCACUGCUAAGGAUGACAACACUGAGGAAGGUGUCGAUUCACUGCAAAAAGAGAUUCAACAAUUCAAGUUGAAAUCAAAGAUGCAACGUGAAGAGCAUGAGAAAGAGAUGAAGCAAAAGCAACAGCAACAGAGCCAGCCACAGAGUCAGGCGCCAGCCAGUGGAUCGAAAGCAUCGGAGAAUCACGGUCACCACAACCAUCAUCUUGCGAAUGGCACUCCGCAAGCCAAUCUCAGUGGAAUCAAGCGAUCGAAGCCAACACUGCCGAUUCCUGCCUAUCAGUACUACAAGGAUGCCAAUAGCACUAAGUCGAGUGGCUGGUGUCAGGAGAUGUGGCGUGGCAUGGACGAUCUAGCAAAACGACCGUUCUACGAGAAGGCCGACGAAGACAAGCGUCGUUAUCAAACACAGAUGGCAGAGUACGAGAAGAUUCAUGCUCAAGUCGUUAGUUCACACCACAAAACUCAAAAGAAAGACAAGAAGAAGAGAGCCGACGACCAAAACGAAGACGAUAAAGAAUCCACUAAGAAGGUGCCAGGCGGUGACGAUGACCAAGAGGAAGAAGAUCGUGCAACAAGCAAGCGAGAGAAACGAUUGUCAAAGAAGAACAAGAGUGUUUUGUCACAAUCACCAUCAUGGACAAACUCAACAACAACAACAACAUCUCAACCGAAAGUAGUUGCAGGUGGUUCAACCGUAGUAUCGACUGCAAAUAGAUAUGAACUCGAAACAAAUGCAAAUCGUAAUAAAAAGAUUCAUCCAAAGGAUGAAAGUGAAAGUGAAGAAGAAGAAGAAGAAGAAGAUGAUGAUGAAGAUGAAGAUGAUGAAGAUGAGGAUGAGGAAGAUGACGAUGAGGAAGAUGAGGAAGAAGACGAAGAAGAUGACGAAGAUGGAGAGGAAAACGAUGGUGAAGAAAUAGAUGAAGAAGAACUUAAACGUAUUCAAUAUGACGAUGAUGGAUAUGCAGAUGAAGAGGAUGAAGGUUAUGCUGAUAUGAAGAGAGGUUUCAAAGCACGUGGAGCUCCUCAAAGAAAACAGAAAUUCGGUAGAAAAUGGAACAAAUAG